AUGGACCGCAGCGAAUUUUCCGUUGGGGAUAGCUGUAACCGAUAUGGGAGUUUGACUGGUGAGGGAGCGGAUGAAGCAAGGCGAUGCGCGCACGGAGGAGGGAAAGGAGGGCAGGCUGAGAGAGGGGGGCCAUGCGACCCGAAGGAGACCAGCGAGAGCGAAAAGGGGACGGCUGGAGGAGGAGAGGGAAUGAGAGUAGUGAAGAGGAUUGAAUACCCUGUGUGUAAGGCUGAAAGGGAGACUAAAAAGGGAAAGGGAGAGAGAGAGAGAGAGAGAGACAGGGUGCUGAAGAGAGGACGGAGGAGGUCCAAGCCAGUCACUGCUGAGGGGAGCCCCGAUCUGGUUGGUGGUUCCCCCGGGCGUCACCUUGGAUCGGCGUCAGCCGUCUGCUUGAAUGGACGGAAUGAGCAUCAAUUCCCGCGUGCAGCUGAGGCCUCGGUGGCAGCGGAUCCUGGUCGCUUCCGGACAUAUCUGCGUCAUUAG